AUUUACAAAGUUUCAAGUUUCCAUACCUAGUACUACUAAACAAUGACAUUAUAUAAACCCUAAACAUAGUACAAUCACUGUGUCUCUUUUUCAGUAACCUAUUCUAACGCUUUUGAACCUAUCUGUCUGUAUCCGUAAACUCUGAAACCAAAAACCCUUCAGUAAUCCUAUACAAAAAAAAAAAAAAAAAAACCCUUCAGUAAUGGCUGAGGUAGUUUUGGCAAAUGGAGGAGCUGAGAAGAAGGUGAUGUUGGCUAUUGAUGAGAGUGAGUACAGUUACUAUGCGCUCACUUGGGUACUUGAUAAUCUCAAAGAAUCUUUAAACAAGUCCCCUCUUCUCAUCUUCAUGGCUCAGCUUCCUACCAAAAAUGCUUACACCUUUGCUGCCUCUCUUGGCUCUGCUCGUAUGUACUGUCCUGUUUCACCCACUCAAGAGUUUAAUAACUCCGUCAAAGAAAAUCAGAACAAGCUCACAUUGGCUCUUCUGGAGAAAGCUAAGGAAAUAUGUGCUAGUCGAGGGGUAAACGCAGAAACACUUACAGAGGUAGGAGAUCCUCAAACGGCUAUAUGUAAUGCAGUUGAAAAGUUGAACAUCAAUUUGCUUAUUCUAGGAGAGCGUGGUCUUGGAAAAAUCAAAAGAGCUAUUCUGGGGAGCGUGAGCAACUAUUGUGUUCAGAAUGCAAAGUGUCCUGUCCUUGUUGUGAAGAAACCUUAGUUACAGGGCAUUCUACAUGGUCAAUUCAUGACAAAGUUUGUUUAGAUGUUGGUUAAUACAAUUGAAGUUGAUACAAUUUACAAUGUAAAAUGACUUCAUAAUCAGAAUGUUUUAUGAUGUGUUCAAUGUGUUUAAACUCACAUAUAGACUCUAAUGUUCUACUAAAUGUAAUGAAUUACAAGAAUGAAAAGCGAUCUAUUUGAAAUAA